CCCGUCGCGGAAUAGGUAAAAACUUUCGGACAGACGUGCACUUGAAUCAGUUCGUUAUUUAACGACAAAGAGUGAACAUCAAGAAGUCCUAUCGAAUUAAAAAAUAAUAACAAUAAGUGAUAAGUGAUUUUAAACACAAUUUAUAAUGAAACUACACGCAUUAGGUGUAUGCCUCCUGGCAUUGAUUACGUCCAACGCGGCAUUACCUCAGGUAACCAAUGGUCCCAGCUAUACAAAACUAAGCGCAGAGCAAAUCAAACACCUGCAAAGCAAAGGUUUCGGUCCAACUGUACCAACACCAUUCAGAGCAACACAAAGUCUAGUAAAUGAACAUGAUGAAGAUGAAGAAGAGGAAGACGAAGAUAUUGCUCCAGCUCAAAGUCAAGCAAGGAGACCAGUUUACGGAGAUGAUUACAAUCUGCAGAAUGUGAUUCCUGUGCAGGUGAGACCCGCACAGAGACCGCAACCACAGCCGCAACCACAGAUCUACAGAAGACCGAUUCAACCUGUGCAACAACCUCAAUACGUGCAACAUCAACAUCAACCACAACAACCUGUAUAUUCCAAAGCGCAAUCGAAAGACCGUAGUAAAGUGGAAGAAGAAAUCGAAGAAGAACCUGAUAGGUUAAGUCUCCUCCUACCAAAUUCUAAAUUUGACUGUACAGGAAAAAACACCGGUUAUUAUGCUGAUGAAGACCUCCAAUGUGAAGUAUUCCACUACUGCCAGGAUAACGCUAAACAUUCAUGGAUCUGCCCCGAGGGUUUCACCUUCCAUCAAGUGCACCUCAUCUGUAUGCCCCCUGGAGCAGAUAAUAUCUGUGCCAAAUCAUCCCAGUUCCACUUUGUUAACGAAUACCUUUAUAAACCUGUUAAUCUCGAAGAGCACCAACGCAAGCCAAACAUUUCAUUGAAAUACUCUGACCGCUAUUACCCGGAAAAUUACUACAGCCACAACAGCUAUGAAGAAGACGAUGAAGAAGAGGAUGAGGAUGAUAGACAGCAAUACGUACAGCAACAACAGUAUCACCAUCAACGCAAACCGGUACGAGUUGGAUUACAGCAAACCGCACAGCAGCAUCAGGUGCUGACUGUGGUGCGUCCGACCGCUAACCUCCGGGCGGCGUCGUCCGAGCCGACGGGUCAGGUUUUCAGGUCGCCCGAAGAGGUGAACAUUUCGCUGCAGCAGAGAAAGCCGCAGUACGUUACGCAGAGGUAUCGCGAUGAACUUGCCGGCAUCUAAGCGGCGCUGAUUUAUAUUUAUGACUCAAACAGUAUGUAUUUGUAAUUUUUUGUUUCUGUCUCAGAAGAUAAUCUUAUUUAUUGUUAUGUGCAUUAAUGCCACGCCAAUGUUGUUGUUGUGAGGUUAUACAUUAUUGUUAAUAAAGUAUUUUGAUUUGUAAUAUAAAA